AUGUACGUUAGGGUUUACAAAGUUUUGGAAAAGAUGAAUGAUAUUAGGAAUCGUAGAUGUGUUUCAGCUAAUAAUGAUGAGAUACUUUUUGAUCCACUUCCACAACCCUAUCGCUUUAUCUCAAAAAUUCUUGUACAAACUAUAGAAGAAGCAAUAAAUUUGGCAGAAGAUGGCGGUUCAACAGAGGCUCAAAACGCUUUUGUUUGCCACAAUCUUCGCCUUACGAAAGUAGGAAAGAUUCCAAUCACUUCUCUUCAAAAUUAUGUUACUUCAACUGAAUUAACCGAAAAUGAAAUUUCGAUCUAUCAAAUUUAUGCAAACACAAAGAAUAUCAUGAUUGGAACUACUGCAGGAACAAUUCACAUAUAUAAUCCUGAAUCAAAACAACAAAUGUUGACAAUUAACGUUUCAGCAAUCUCAAAGUUUGCCCAAGGUCCAAUUUCACAUCUAUUUUCAUUCGAAACAGAUUAUGAAAAUAACAUUAUCGUAUUUGCAUGUGAUGAAUCAGCUUUUAUAAUUUUUGUAUCAAAUAAUUUCCAAAUUAGAGGUACAUUUGAAAUCGACAUAUCAUCAUAUCAUUUUGAUACAAUGACUAUUACAAGAAGCUCAGAUUUCUAUAUUACAAUUACAGAUGGAAACGGAAGAUGCUCCGUUUAUGAUUGCCAUUCUCCUCAAGAGUUUCAAACUCAAGAAUCAGGAGCUGCAAAAACAGCUGCAGUUAAAGCUCUCAAUUUGGAACCAGUUUUCGAAAUCGAAAAAUGUUUAUUAACAAAUCAACCAGUAAAUUCAGAGCAAUCAACUACAAUUAAGUUAGAAGAUCCAACAACAAAGAAAAAGAAUGCUCGUAAAAGCAAAGCAGCUCCUACAAAAGCUGUUAAAAGAAAUAAAUCUCCAUCAAACUUAACAGCAGAAGCUAUUGCUCCAAUACAGAUUACACAUUAUAAUGCGACAGUAUUUAUUCAUGAAAACUUGCUCCUUAUUUACUUUGAGAGCUUCCAAGUUUUAUUAUUAUUCCAAUUAACACCAACGCUCCAACAAGUUUCCGAUUUUCUAUUACCAUCGAAAGUUAUGUGCGUCUGUGAGGUUGAUAAAGGUAUUGUAGCUUUCGGUUUCGAAAAUGGUUCAUUUUGUAUAUUAAAUAUCAAGAGAAAAGCUAUUUCUGCUCAUACAUUCCAAAAGAGAGGAGCAAUUACAAAAAUGAAAGCCAUAAAGAAUACAAUUUUUACAAUCACAACAUCAAGAAAUAUAACUGCUUACAAUUUUGAUGGCAAAAAAGUGACAGGUGAAAUUUUUUCGAUUAGCGAUGAAGACAUUGUUGAUAUGAUAUCCACAGAAUCGAAUCUCAUUACAACGGUUGGAAGACCAUCUGAUGCAGGUCUUUGCACUUAUUUUUCAAAGAAAUUGGAGUUUUCUAGUCUUGAAUUAGAAUUAAUUCCAAAUGUAUCAUUUUUGAAUCCGGAUGGUAAAUAUAUAGGAACAGUUAGAACCCCAGCCAACAUUGAACAGGUUGAUUUCGUUUGGAGUAAUAAUUUUGCAAUUUUUGUUUAUAAAGAUCCAAAAGAAUAUUUAGUUCCUGCGACAAAGACACCUCCUCCAACACAUGGAAAGAAAGGUAUGAGUCCAAAGAAUGCAAAACAGCCUCCUUCAAAGAAACCAACAACAAAAUCACUUAAAGAUUCUAAAAAAGUUGAGGAGGUUAAGGAGGAACAAGAACCUAUGGUUGUGAUGAGAAGAGAAAUCAUAGGAUACAUGUCCAUUGAAGAUGUUCGAAAUGAAUUUAUUGAAUCUCUGAUUUCUAAUGAUAAAACUGCUCAAGAAAGAAGAAAUUUGAUUAAGUCUAAGUCAAGUAAAAGUGUUGAAAACCUCCCUGUUGAGCAACAGUAA